CCACUUGGAGUUGCCCUUCCACUGGCAAAUCAUGAAACCCGACCUGCGUCCUGUCCUUCCCGGGGAAACCCCGGAGCCAUCCCAUAAUCAGGUUCAUCCGGACACCAGCGACGUUUACCACAUCAGCCCCGAAACAGGCCUGCUGGCUCCCUGUCAGGACCAAGAGUUUCUCCUAACCUUCUGUCCAAAAGAGUUGAGGGAUUACCACAGCGUCCUUCACUUGGUCCUGAGGGACGUCCCCCUGUUGCCACCAGAGCCCAACGAGAACAGUUUGCCUGUUCAUGCGAGGAAAUCCAGCGUCCUUCACCCUGUGCUGACCGGCUCCAAGGUGAGCAGUGUGACCAUCAUGGAGAUAGAGGUCAAAGGGUCAACAGAGCCGUACCGGGUCCUCCUGGAGCCGCACGCUGUCGUAAUCCCUGGGGAGAUUUGGAUUCGCACCAACACGCGCAAGCAAUUUAAGAUGUGGAAUCACAGUAAAACCUUCAUCUUGUUUCAAUGGGAGAGGCUGACCAGCCGCUGCCAUGUUGUGGAAGUAGAGCCAUCUGCUGGUAGAAUAGAAGAGAACGAGUGUUUUGAUUUUGAUCUCAUCGUCACUGGAGGGAAGCCGGAGAAGCUGCAAACCAGUUUGUUUUGCAACAUACAGCAUCAGCACGAACCUGUGAGGUUGCCUGUGGAGGUUUCCUUUAAGGGUCCUGCAGUGACGCCCAGUGUGCCCUGUGUGGACUUUGGGCUUGUGAGACUCGGUGAACAUGCUCAUACCACCCUGGUUCUGACCAACACCAGCCCUCUGGAGGCCAGCUGGACUCUUAAGGAGAUUAUAAAUGAGCAGCAUCCCAGAGGCGCGCAGGUCUUGGUGGAGCCAUGCAGAGGUUCCCUGCCUCCCUUUGCUUCGUGCAGAGCAGAGCUGUCCUUCAGCUCCGGUUUCUGCCAGAAGUUUGAAACGGAGCUGGAGCUGAGUGUGGAGAACGGAACCGGGUGUCACGUGUGGGUCGGAGCGGACGUGCAGUCCCCUCAGGUGCGCCUCUUGAACUGUGAGCUGGUCUUUUCUGAGCUUUACGUCGGAGUUCCCGCAGGAGGCAGCGUAACACUUUUCAACCAGACCCUGCUGCCGUCACGCUUUAGCUGGAAGAAGCAGCUCCAGGGUAGACAGGCGCCGCUCUGCACGGCCACCUUUGACCCGUCUUCUGGUGCGCUGGGACCCGAUGCCACCGUGGAGGUCACCGUCAGCGUCACUUCUCACACAGACGUGGACCUGACUGAGGUGGCUGCUCUCUGUGAGGUGGAGGGGAUGAACUCGCCGCUCGUCCUUGGACUUUUCGCUCCCCGGCCCAAGAAACUUUCCGUGUCCUACUCGCUGCCUGGCGUCUGCGGGAAUGAUGACGGUCACUCGGCGUUGCUGCUCGACUUUGGAGAAGUCGUUUUGAAAAGACGGGUGACCAGACAGCUCCUCAUCACCAACCAAAGCCCGAUCCCUGCAGCCUUCACCCUUAAGGCAGAGUUCUUCGGCUGCCACGUCUCAGCGGCGAGCAGCUCCUUAGAGAAGAGACCCACACACACAAAGGCGCCGCUUCACGCUGCACACGCGGAGAAAGUGGAGGCGAAAGCACACGAAGAGUUUCUGAGCGGCCUUCUGGCCCAUGGAAAAGGGGCGGCCUUCCUGGUCCAGCCAGACUCGGGGCAGCUGGGACCGUUCGAGGCCAGGACGGUGGAUGUGACCGCCUACAGCAACAUGUGGGGGGAGUACAGAGACCGGCUCGUAUGCGAGGUCGGAGACCUUGAGGCGACGCGUAUAUCCAUGCGGAUGUCCGUGAAGGGCUGCCCGCUCUACUUCCAAAUGUUAGGCCCCCGGCCAGAUGACCAGCAUCAGGGACCAGUCAUACACUUCAGCACUCACUUGUCAGGAGGAGACACGGUUUCCAGACCUCUCCGCAUCAAUAAUCCCACCAUGUUUGAUAUUCGUGUGGACUGGGAGACGUAUAACAUCGAAGAGAAUGACCGUAAGCUGGUGGACGUCGUGGUGAAAUACGGAGACCACUUCCCACUAAAGGAUGCCGACGGUAAUGAGCUGCUGAGCGGGGCCUUUGGGCUUUUCGGUGGAAACGUUCCAACAGCGUGGGAGAAGAAUCAGACGGCAGCAUCUGAGGGGACGAGCGCGCCGGAUGGACAGAAGCGGGACUCUGUAAGUGAAGAAGAAGAGCAGGAAGAGCCUCUCCACCCUGCGAGGAAAAACCUCAUCUCCGUCCACAUAAGACCCCACAUAGGCAGCCUGUCAGAUUCCCCGUACUGCAUCACGCCACAGCAGACCGUGAUCCCGGCGAAGGGCAGUCGGAGCAUCCAUGUAUCUUUUACCCCUCUGAAUCUCUCCGAGUCCCAGCGUGAGUGCAGAUGCGUGGGUGUAGCGCUCGGUUUCCUGAGCCUAGACUCAGAGGAGGCCGUUUACAUCCCCGGUAAAGUCAGAAGGGAGCAGGGUUUGGAUUUACAGCCUGUCAGAUUGGAUCUGGAAGCAACCAUUAAGCCAGCGGUGCUGUUGGUGCAGAUGGAGGAGGACGGCGAGGUGCUGGAGUUUAACGCCUCCGCCGGGGAUUUACUGAGGGCUGGACCGGGCGAGGAGGUAGCAGUCGGCGAAUUCAGCGUCACACGGAGCUUCCAGCUGAGGAACGCCGCAGAGACGCCUUUACGUUUCCAACUGGGUACACAGCCUCCGUUCUCAGUUCUGAAGCCUCCCUCCCGACUUCGGACCAACUCCUCCAGCACGCCCUGUUCUGUUCACGACCAGCCGCUGGUGCUUCGCCCUCAGCAAAGCAUGCAGGUGAACGUAGUCUUCACCUGUUCUCUGCCACUGCUGGACCUCCCAGACCACACGGAGGAAGGCCUCGCUCUCGGAGUGAGGCUGAUCCACGCUGAAAGCGGUCUGAAGAAGCUGAGGUUCCUGCAAAACCUCCUUAUCCACCACAGCAACAACAGCCUGCAGAAGGUUCCUCUGUGCGCCCAUCUGGAUCUACCCACCCUCAGUGUCUCCACCGACUGCCUCGGCUUCGGGUUUUGUUACGUUGGCCACACACAGGCCAGAGAAAUAAACCUGUACUGCCAUGGGGCACGCACCUACUGGAAAGCCCUCAUAACAACGUCAGAGCCUCGUGUGUUUGAAGUUACUCCAGAUUUCGGGUUUCUCCCAUCCAAGAAAAACUCCCGGAGCCAGUGCCUGCAGAUCCGCUUCACUCCGAGCGAAGACAAAGCGUUCGAGGCCUCGUUGGUGAUCCAGUCUCCUCUGGUGCCGACGCCCGUCACCGUGCGGCUCCAGGGAGCAGGAUCCUUCGAUGAGGCCUACAGGUCGACGUGCGUGUCUGUGUAACGGCGCGACUGACGACCGAAACGCAAUUUUUUUCUGGAAUGCCAAUAAAUGUUUCACAAUAAUCAAAACAGCAACGUUCUUCGCUUGCUUUCUGUCAAGCAGCAGAAGAUGUCAGGGAAGGGUUCUAAAAAAACACGAUCCCACCUAAACCUGACUAGAAAUUAUUCAGCUGUGCCAAAACUUGGGGAGAGUUUGCUUUGCCACCGUGAGAAAGAAGAGGAGAGAACACGAAAAGGGAGGGAAGGACGGCAUCGUAAAAAGGUUGUUUACUGCGAGUCGUAAAUAGGCGACUGGCGGGAGCCACGCCCACAAAAUAAAAGAGGUGGAGUCAAAGGGCUCGUUAAAUGGGGAGAGGUUCUUCUUAUCUCUGAGCUAAAACGGCAUAAAAAAGUUAUUGUCCAGUGUCUUAUGAGAUAGUUUGGACAAAGUUACAGUGAAGCUUUGUUGUUAAGAGCUUUAGUCAGGAAAAAAAUGCGGACGUCCUACGACAGCCGGUGGGUUUUUCUAAUCUAUUUGGACAUACAAAUAUGUUUAAGCCUCCGACAUGCAGCCCAGUGUUCCUCUUUACUGAUGAAGUGACAGUGAACACCAUGGUGAGACUAAAAAAAUGCUGUCUGGGGGCUUCAGAGAAAGGAUCGUAGCAGUUUAGGAGUCUAGUUAGGGAUUUAAAGAGGUCUCAAAAGUAAUCAGCCGUUUCUGCAACAUGGAAAUUGGGAGGACGUUCAAAACGACAGCCUUAAACUUCCUCAAACGUUCACCUUGAGAGAAGUUAACGAGAUGCUAAAAGAAGGGUCCAGAGACCCUAAAGCGUCCCCAUGGACCAGCAGCAGGCUUUCGCUGCCGUCGAUGUGAAAUUUCAUGUCUCCAAAAAUCAGGCAGAAACUGCACAAGUUUACCUUUUUAAUGGGAGACGCACAAGUAGGAAAAGCUUUGCUGUCUCAGAGAAUCACCAAGAGUCAAACACGGAUAAGUGCAACAAAAUCGCAUUAUUUUUCAAGAGUUUUGACAUCGAUAGAAGACAUUUUUUUUUUUUAGGUUGAAUGGGAAGGUUUGGUAGCUAAAGCCUAAAAUGGAGAAUGUGAUCCCAGUUCCAGUUGG